CCCCGUUACAUCUGGGCUUCAUGACCAGUCCUGUAUCUCCCUGUUACAUCUGGGCUUCAUGACCAGUCCUGUAUCUCCCUGUUACAUCUGGGCUUCAUGACCAGUCCUGUAUCUCCCUGUUACAUCUGGGCUUCAUGACCAGUCCUGUAUCUCCCUGUUACAUCUGGGCUUCAUGACCAGUCUUGUAUCUCCCUGUUACAUCUGGGCUUCAUGACCAGACCUUUAUCUCUUUGUUGCUUUUGUAAAUAUAACUUGAGAUGUCUCUCUCCGGAAAUGGGGGCUGGGGUUCUGUGUGGAUUGGAACGAGGUCUUGAAGGAGCAUCUCUGUACAUGUCUUUCCUCUAGGUCUUCCUCUGUAUAGAUUAGACCAAAUCAUAUCCCAGAGCACACCAAUUUUCCCCUCCCUGUCGUUUCUGUCUCCCAAUAUUCCUGAUCUGGUCUCCCAUAUUGGCACUCAUGGAGUGACACACCAACGAUUUUUGUGGUCUUUGUUUUCUAUUAUUAUUAUUAUUAUUCUCAUUAUUAUUAUUAAUGUUAUUCUGUUGUGAUUUGUGAAAUACUUUAUGCUUAUUUAUGAUUGCAAAGUAGUAUGACGCUCAUUAUUGUUCUGUACCUCCAUACCACAAACUAUGGACAGCAUGACCCUAUUGUGCAGUAGGUUAAUCUCAAUAAAAGUGUACUUCAGGAUUGCAUUUGUCUAGAUGUAUCUAGAGGUAGACAGCAUUAUUGUUAUACUGUUAGCAUUGUCUUUUAUGGAAAGAAUGUCAACAUCUAAAUUGACCCUAGGUUAAGAAUCUAAAGACAAGGACAGCGUCUCUCCUUGACCUGUGGAGACACUGGUGUGAGAAGCCAUGUUGACUCAGUUAUCAGUUGAGUGAGUUUAAUUAGAAAGCCUGUAAAGCUUUAGGUAUAAGGGCUUCUGUAGUUUAUCCACGACCGUAAGCUUCUCUUCUAACGGCAACUUUGCAGUAAGGGAGCCAUAGAGAACUGCUGACACCCCAAAAACACAACCAAUUUAAGAUUCGUGGCUGCUGUCUUCUAGCACGUUCACAAAAUACCCUUACAAGUCCCUGGACUGAAACAAACCUUAAAAGAAAUAAACAUUUCUGAAAUGCACCACUUGAAGAAAAGAAUGGAUGUAUUACAGAACAGUUCGACCCUGAUUUUUUUUAUUGACUUGUCCUGUUACACUGGGACUUUGACCCCUUCCAUUCUUCUAAUUCAUGAAUUUAUUUCCUAGGUUUUAGUUCGUCUUGUUAUUAUUAUUGUAAUAAAUAUUACUGUUUUUCAUUUGUUGUUAUGGAUGGGUAUGGUUUAUUGUUCUCUGGAUUGUACCACACCCUUAGCAGAGCUUGUGGUGAUGAUGCGUUGUGCUUUAUCCUUCGAGCCUGGAGGUGUCGUACUUCAAACUGUUUGCUGAUUAUAUCAAUUUGUACUGAUUAAAGCUAGAAGUUGUUCAUAAAGUGGUGAUUGGAAUUUUUUUUUCUCCCAAUGGCACAACAAUAUUCAAGAGGCUAAAAGGUUUUGUAGUAUUAUGUAUUUCUGUUGCUGAACGAGUGUUCGAACUAUUCCAAUAUUGUGGGUUUGAUACCCAUGAAACACACAGAUCAAAAUGGAUAUGUGUGUAGUGCUGUAAGUCACUUUGGAUGAAAGCAUCUAUUAAAUGACUAAAUGUGAAAUUGUCGAUAUUAUUGAUUUGAUCCUGUGUGCACAAGCUUCUCAACCGCUUCCUUUUUUAUCUCUCCUUCCUUGUCCCAAACCCCAGUAAUGGUUUCUUAUCCCUAACCUCAAAUAAUGGUUCCUCAUCUCAAACCCCAAUAAUGGCUGCUUAUCCCAAACCCUGGUAGUAGCUGCUCAUGCCAUUUACCAAUGAGACACUGCUUUUUCUUUUUACUUCGCUGAUGACACACGGUUGUAGGCCCUGCUCUAAUGCUCUUCAGAUAAUUUGCUUGUGGUGACAUCACCAUGAUGCCUCUGCGUCAGUGACCUUUUCCACAGCGCUGGAAGAGGGUGUUCAUUAGCGUCAAUUUACAGAGCCACAGGCAGGGGGUCCAGACUUCACACUGGGCCCAGCCGCGGGCAGAGAGAGAGGUAGAGAGCGCUUAGACAGACCGGAGGUGGGCAGUAAAGGCCACCGGAGCCACUGGGUGGGACUGACGCCUGAUGAUCGCUCUUGAUGGCAAAUGGAAGAUCGUGAGUCAGAGAAUCAUAACAGAUGAGGCCAUCUGCCUCCAGUCAGCUGUUGCAUGUUAUUGAGUUCAUAUGAGCAACAACAGACUCCAUGUUUCCACCCGAAACGCUUGUGGACACAAGGUGCUAGUGUAGACAGAAAGGUACCUGCUUGGACAACUUCUGUACGAGACCAAUGUACCUCGAGAGAGCAGUUCACAACAAUCUAUUCUAAAGCACUUUCAGAACUGAAAAUGCAAACGUCAGUCAUGAGUGUGUUUCGUUUUUUUGCAUCCAGUCGAGGUUAUUUUUGCUCUGAUAAGCUUGCUUAUUUAAUGGUCAGGCUAAGACGAAGAACUUUCCACCUUUUGAUUGUCUGUUUUCUUGGUAUCUUUUUUUAUGUCAUUGGACCACAAAUGACUAUUGAGGCCAGUGCUAUAUUUAGCAGCAGUCACUUCCGAUCAGACUAGAUUGAGCUUGCUCACACUGCUCUUGUGGCCUUUCCUUCUUGCUGAUGGAUUGACAAGGCUUGUUUUUUGGACCUGUUGUGCAACACUUGAUUUGAGAAUGGCAACCACAUCUUUCCAUAGCAUGUAGCACAAAUGGCUAAUUACUCAUUCUUUAUAAGAGGCUUCUUUGACUUUAUUUGUAACAAUUUCAAGAUAUUUAUGAUUUGUCAAGGUUUCAGUCCAUAUCAAAUGAGAGCAAUAUUGGCCAAUGAACACUUGUUGCCUUGCAGCACACGCUUUGUAGGGACAAUAAUGCAAGGAGUUGCACUUCAUCUGCAAUCUUUGAGAGUUCUGUUUCCAUGACAGUUAUCACUAUGGCAAUGGCAGCAGGACCGUCAUUUGGAAACAUUCACUGAUAGUGAGUACAAGGGCAAGGGGAAUAGGUAAUUAUCACUCGUGUGUGUCAUUCUAACAGGCCCUUGCUGAACAGAUGAGACCAUUUCCUUCACUGAAUAAAUCCUGAUAGAGACCUUCCAGUAGCCCAACGAAGUAAGCGUGGGUGUGCAAUAUCUCUGCUACAUGCUUACAAAAGCACGAGUACAUAGGGAGCUUGAAAGUUUCAAACCUUCCAAAGGUGUUGAGGCUGGUAUUUUUAAUUUUUUUUUACUGGCAACAGCGCUAGAACAGAGGGAGAACCUGCACGUUUCUGGGAAACCUGGUAGUUCAGGGUGCUUUUGUCUCCUUGUGAGAGACCCAGGGCAUGAGCCGGGUCCAUUCAUCUCUCUCUCUCUUUCUCUCUCUCUCUCUCUCUCUCUCUCUCUGUCUAUGUGUCUUUGAAGUCUCAGGGGGUGCAUCAGAGGGGGUGACACAGGAAGUCACUUGAGUGUCUGAUGUAAAUAAAAGCCGCGCUCUCAGUCCUGUCGGUUCACUGCGCAGCUCAUCUGGAGGACAGCUGUAAACCUCGCUCAGGUCGGAUCAGGUAAAGAGAAGCAAAGGAAAGGGAAAGAAAGCUCUGUUAUUGCCUUGCUGACUUUGCCCGUGUGACGCAGACAUGAGCCACGCACCGAGCUCAGCUUCCUGUCUGGUGUAGGAGGAUCUGGGCUGCGUGCCGUCUCACCUGUAGAAAAAGCACACAAGUCACAAGGACACCACAGAGGAAACUGAGCAGACUGAGAAGUGUUCUGAGCAGUGGCAAUACCCCCUUUCUGUGCAAAACUGAGGACUACCUUUAGGACUAAGCACCUUUAGGAUCACAGCCAAAAGAAUGCACCCAAACAUCUAUCCAGUGAGUCAAGCAUAAGAGCUCCAGACUGCAAUGGGUGGUGGGCCCAGCAAAGAUCGCCGUGACUCCAGCACACCCGUCACUCUUCUGGACCAGGACGAGCCUCCCGCACUGGACAGGUACGUGUAUGUGGCGCUGUAUGACUAUCCGUCCGGAGGCCCGGCGGAGUGCAGCAUUCGAGUGGGAGAGAGACUCAACGUGCUCUCAGAUGAGGGUGAGUGGUGGAAGGUGAAGUCAUCAGUCACAGGGAAGGAGAGUUACAUUCCCUGCACUUACACAGCCAAGGCUUACAACAGAUGGCAGUUUACAGGCUUAAGUAGGGAGAAAGCAGAGGAACUUCUCCAGCUCCCAUACAACCAGGCAGGCUCCUUCCUCAUCAGGGAGAGUCAGUCAGAGCCUGGUGCCCACGCCCUGUCCGUGCGCAGAAGCAGCAGCAGCAGCAGCUCAGGCUACAGGCCUGUGAAACACUACCGCAUCCACUGCCUGGAGAACGGCUGGCACUACAUCUCCCCCCGCCUCACCUUCCCCAGCCUCAGCGCCCUGGUCGAGCACUACUCAGAGGCGAGUGAUGGUCUAUGCUCCUUGCUGAGAGAGCCCUGCUUCAUCCAGGGCUCCAACAAUGUUCCCGUCAUAACAGGCCCCCCGCCACAGGCUGUCAGGAGGCCAACCCUGAACUGGAAAGAUGUGAACAGCUCCAUGAUCUUCGGCACAGGCAAGGCAGAGCUGGAGGAGUCACCUGUCAGUGAGGGCUUGAGGGAAGCCAUCAGCUCCUACCUCUACAUGACUGAGGAACUGGGGGAAUGUGAUCAGAACUGGGACACCUGACAUUGGGAGAAUACAUCGUGAAUACGAGUGACCAAGAUGGCCGACACAGAGAGGACUGGAGAGCUAAGAGUGGUAUCUCUCUGCAUUCCACCAAAGAACUAUUAAUGCAUGAGAUAUUAAAUGGCCAAGGAGGACAGCAGCAAGGAGACCCACAGCACAGACAUCUUGCCAAAGGGAUUUUUUUUGCAUGGUCCUUUGAAUGCUGAGGUUUAAAAACUACCUAGAGAUGUUUGUUCUCUGUAUCAGUAACUAUCAGUAGCCAUGAAUCCUCUUCUGUUAGAACAGUUAUAGACAGACAGCCCUCAUAGACAGAUGAUCCAGGUCAUUCAGUAAGGUCCAGUUGCUCUGUUUUACAGGCUCAGUAGUCUGGUGUUGUCUGAUGUACAGCUGGCAAAAGCGAGCUGAUUUUAUGUCCAAAUUACAUAACAACAUUAUGGGAACACAGUGUAUUGGAUCUUUUGCUAAUGGGUCUAGCCUGAUAGCGUGGCGGUGCCAGCCUGUAUAUCUCAUCAGCUCAGUUUAACUGUGAUUGCAAGGGGAGAAAUUAGUAUGUGGGGAUAUGAGGUUACGGGGUCUCUCAGUCUCAGUCUCUCUCUCUCUCUCUCUCUCUCUGUAAGUGGGUGUCUAGAGUGAAGAAUGAGAGCGUUGUGCAGUAGAGACAAGAAGUCACUAAGCAAUAGCAUCAAACUUAGUUUGUCUCUGGUGAGUCAGACUGUAUUUAUGUCUGGCAAUGAUGACACAUGAAAUAGUGCUGAGCACAUUUGUAGUGCAGCAAGUACUUCAGUUAGUUGUGGGAACAGACGUGUGUAGAAUUUGAUCUUGUUUGAGAUCAUUUAUAUCAACCUAAUGCCUAUUUCUGUUAUAGGCCCAAUCUUAUGACCUAGAAACCAUCAAACUAUCUAGGGACAUUUUGUUUUUACACCUUCAUUGUGUAUAUAUUGUUCAUGUUCAUGUUUCCUCUGAAAAAGAAACCACAGUGUAUCAGGAAAUGAUGUGCGUGAGUGUGUGUGUGUGUGUGUGUGUGUGUGUGUGUGUGUGUGUGUGUGUGUCAAAGGCAUGUACAAAGAGAUGUAGCUGAUUGCUGUAUUUUUCCUGUAUCAAAAUAAUAAAUGAAUAAAACAGGA